CGCGGCAGGUCUCGGCGGCAUCUUUGCCGGCGGCAUGCCCAAGCUGAAGCCGGCCGGCUCGAGCGCGCCGCCGCCGCCGCGAAGCUCGGCUCCUCCGCCGCCGCGCGCAGCAGCUCCCCCGCGGCCCGUGCCUCCGCCCGCGGGUGCGCCGUCGCUGCCCUCGCGCGCUCCGCCUCGACCCGGAGGUGCACCGCCGCCGCCUCCGCCGCCAGCGCCGCCAGCAGGGGUUCGUGCUGUGAGUCUGCUUGCGGCGCGUGUGCGCUGCAGCUGCUCAUCUCUCCUCGCAGCCGACUGGUGCACCGCCGCCGCCGCCGCCGCCGCCGCCGCCUGCACCGCCAGCUGGAGGUCGCGCUGUGAGUCAAAGCGCGCCUCUCCGCGCAUCACCGCUGCUCACGCUUUGCCCAGCCGAGCGGCGCACCUCCGCCGCCGCCGCCUCCGCCGGCCCCACCCGCAGGCGGGCGCCCGGUGAGUUGCGCCUCGCGUCGUCGUGUGCACAUCGCGCAACAGGCAGCUCACACGGGCGUCCUUUCUCAGGCGCCCUCUCUGCCCUCGCGCGGCGCACCCGCGGCUCCUCCACCGCCGCCGCCGCCGCCACCAGCAGGUGGGCGCGCCGCGCCUUCCCUCCCCUCGCGUGCACCGCCCGCGCCCGCAGGCGCACCCAGCCGGCCGCCGCCGCCGCCAGUAG